CUUCCUGAGCUCGACUUAUUGACAAGACUAUCGUGAGUGUACUUCCAAAUUCGGGCGAAAGUAGGGCUGAGUAACUAAAUUCUUGGACUGUCGUCCCUUACCAACGGCGACUUCGGCGGAAACGCAACGGAGCGUUUGUCUUGUCCCAUUCGCAGUCGUAAGCUGUACUGGUAUCGAUUUAUUCAACCUGAUGAGUCGAGGAUAUCAUCAUCAUUGUCAUUUCCAGUCCAUCGAUCGCACUCCUCCUAGGUGCGAGGAGAGAGUUGGUCUAGAUCUGAUCAAAUCCGGCCAUAUCAGAUUGAGCCAGAUCAGACGACAGCUUUUUCAUGUUUUGGAUUACUGACUCAAAACAGUGAGCCUUCAGGAUGUCGUCGCUUUCAGUCCUUACGGACGAGCAGAUCAAGGAGCUGCUCGAGUCCAUGACCGUAGAUGAGCUCGAGGCCUUCUACAUGGACCUGAGGGGGGCGCUCCACGACUACUCGGUCGGGUCACAGCCUGACGAGGAGGAUGCAGACAUCCACCAGCCUCACCGCACAACCAUCAACUCCUCCAGAACAGGCGCGACGUCCCUAUUCAUGCCCUCCAGCAGCCCAGCCGGCCUCGGCGUCAAGGUCAUCACCCUCUCACCACCCCCAAAGACGACAACAACAACAACAACAACAACAGAAAAUGAAGCCUUGAGCAGCAAGCCAAAGAUCAAACCUACCGGUGCCAUCACCUUGUUCGCCUCCACAGGUCAGCCGGUGGGUAUCCUGCACGCCAGCACGCUCACGGCCUUCCGCACUGCUCUCGCCUCGGCAUGCCUCGUGAUCAAGCGCAAUAGGGUCCAUACCAUCACUGCCUUUGGCAGCGGCGAGCAGGCCUACUGGCACAUCCGGCUCGCCCUGAUGCUCCGCGGCGACACCAUCCGGCACGUCAACAUCAUCAACCGGACCUUCUCCGAGGGCGCCAAGAAUAUUCUCAAGCGCUUCUACGUCGUCCCCACCGACGUCAAGAAGCGUGAGGGCUGGGCCGACGCCGAAUUUGGCAUGCUGACCCCAGGCUACGGCGAGUAUGCCCGCCUCCUGCGUGAUCAGGUCAGGGCAGCCGAUGUCAUCUUCUGCUGCACGCCGAGCCAGGAGCCCCUCUUUCAGCACUCGAUCCUGACCAGCGGCGAGGGGCGGAGAAAGGGGCGGCUGAUCGUGGCCAUCGGGAGCUAUACGCCUGAUAUGAUCGAGCUGCCGCUGGAGGUGGUGCACCAGGCGGUCAAGACGCAUGAGCAUGGCCAUCGACACUUUCAUAAACAUGCUGUGGAGGGAGGUGUGGUGGUCGUGGACACCCUUGAUGGUGCCUUGAAGGAGGCGGGAGAAGUCAUCCAAGGCGAGCUGAGCCCAAAUCAGCUCAUUGAGCUGGGCGAGCUCGUCAUGCUGCACAGAAUCAAGAUGGACGAGGAGUCCUCUUCAGAUACAGGGAGCUACAUGUCCAGCGAGGGCAGCAGCGCGCCCACCUCGGAGUUCGACAAGCUCGAUCUCAGCUCGGGCCCAUCCAUGUCAACCAUCUUCAGCUCCUCCUCCACAGAAAACGGCGGCAGCAACAGUCAGCCCGGUAGUCGGCCGUCCUCGCCAUCCCGCAGCAGCAGCCGCCAGCUCUUUCACCGGCGGAGGUCGAGCCACCGCUCGGCAGAGCAGCAGCAGAAGAAAAAGAAGGAUCGGGAGGACCACAUGUGCAGGUGGCUGCAGGGAGGAAAUGUCAUCUACAAGAGCGUAGGGCUUGGUCUUAUGGAUCUCACGGUGGGCCUCAGGGUGAUUGAGUUUGCGAAGCAGAAAGGGGUUGGCACCCAUGUAGACGGGUUCUAGGGGAACCCGCCGUCGUCGUCGCCACCGCCGUUGCUGCCCAGACUCAUGUCUGACUUUCUAGUACCCAUUGAAAGGUCAGAGGGAACUCUCCAUGGCCCUCGAAAGUAGAAUUAUCUGCGACGCAACAAUGAAGGUCUGCUCAGGCAGAUCCCUACUCCCCAUCCGAGUAGUACUGCCAUCUUCUUUUUAGGGAGAUUUUACCCCGUACGGGUGUAUAUCGUACAUGACAGGACACCAAAUC